UUCUAUUUUUGUAUUUGUUUCCUUUUUCCAGGUUAUGCCCUGAAAUGCUUCGCAUUUGUCUCUGUUAAGAGCUGGGAUGACUGCAAAAACAGUACAAAAGAGGUGACCUGUUUGGACAGUCAGGACCGUUGUGCUAAAGUGUAUGUAAAAGCUGAGAUCUCAGGCGUGACACAAGAAGCCUUUGGCAAGGGAUGUGCCACUUCAUCUGACUGCAGCGCGAAGAACUGCAAAAAGAUCGUCUCCUCAGGGAAAAUCAUCAAAUGCGAAAUCGACUGCUGUAAAAAAGACCUGUGCAAUGGAGCCGAAGUACCAAUGGUCAGUGCCAUCAUGCUGUUGUCAUGCGCUAUUAUAGCUUUUGCUCGAUAA